UCAUAGUCCCUCAAGUGUCAUUUUCUCACAUAUACUUCACACAAAAGAAACAGCCAUUCAUUCACUUCACAUACCUUGUCAUUUCUUCCAUCUCUUUCUCUCUCUCUCUCUCUCUCUGAAAUCUCUCUUCUCAAUCUUAAAUCUCUCCUCUGCAACUACUCCAUCAACUUGAUUGAAUGCUUGAGACUCCAUUCACACACACACACACCUUAAGAAUAUCCAAUCAAUUAUUAAUUACACCCCCCAUCUUGCACUCUCUCUCACCUAGCUAACCUUCCAACUUGUCACUAUAUAUAAAUUUUUUUCAUCCAAUCCUUGCAAAAAAAUACCAUAUCAUCAUCAUAAUAACACAACUGAAGAAAAAGAAGGAACCUAGCAAGAUAGAAUUACAAAAAAAAAAAAAAGUUUUGGGGGAGGUGUAGAUAGCAAAAAGAAGAAAUGGAGCUAUUUCCAGCACAACCAGAUUUAUCUUUGCAAAUCAGUCCUCCAAAUCCAAACACAACAUCAACAACAAAAAGUAAUUGGAAGAGAACAACAACAAGAAGUGAAGAUGAAAUGGAUUUGGGGUUUUGGAAAAGAGCUUUGGAUUCAUCAUCAUCAUCAUUGGCUAAUAAAAUUGAUUCUAAAACUUUUGACCUCUCUCUUUCAAAUCCAACAAAACCUUCUUUAGAUUUCAACAACACUUCUUCCAAUAAUAACCUCAUUCAUCAUCACUUCCAAAACAUUAAUCAUAAUAAUAAUAAUAAUAACAAUAAUAAUGCAAAUAACCCUUUUCAAUCUUUUCAUCAAAACCAUUACUUUCAUCAACAACAACAACAUCAUCAAACACUUUUCCAACAACAACAAAGCUUAAGCCAAGAACUUGGUUUUCUUAGACCUAUUAGAGGAAUUCCUGUUUAUCAAAACUCUUCUUCUCCUAUGUCAUUCUCUCAACUUCAUAAUCAUCAUCAUGUUCUUGAUGGUUCUACUAUUACAAACCCUUCUUCAAUUUCUAAUACCAACACAACUUCAACCCCUUUUCAAUCUCAAGCUUCGAUGAGGUCAAGAUUCUUGUCACGUUUCCCUGCUAAAAGAAGCAUGAGAGCUCCAAGGAUGCGUUGGACUACUACACUUCAUGCUAGAUUUGUUCAUGCUGUUGAGCUCUUAGGUGGCCAUGAAAGGGCUACUCCAAAAUCAGUUCUUGAGCUAAUGGAUGUGAAGGAUCUAACAUUAGCACAUGUUAAGUCACAUUUACAGAUGUAUCGGACGGUGAAAACUACAGAUAGAGUAGCUGGUUCAUCAGGGCAAUCAGAUGUAUAUGAUAAUGGAUCAUCUGGAGAUAAUUCUGAUGACAUAAUGUUUGACAUAAACUCUUCAAGAAGAUCUGAUUUAUCCAUUAAGCAGCAAGGAAGAUCAAGUGUUAAUCAAGAUAAGGAAUGUCAUGGACUUUGGAGCAACUCUUCUAGGGAAGCUUGGUUGCAUGGUAAACCAAAGUUUGAUUCUAUUGGAAACAUGUCAUCUCUUGAGAAGGAAAUGGAUCCAAAGUGUCUAAGCUAUGAGAGAAUAUCAGAUGGAAGUUCAUCAACAAACCUAUCAAGCCCCAAGAAACCUAAUUUGGAUUUGGAAUUCACCUUAGGGCAGCCUCUAUAAGAUGUUCCUAAUAUUAUAUUCAUUAUUUACUACUACAUGUCUCUAAAACUGAAAGAGUUUUAGAGCAAUGGAAUGAAAAUAUGGAACUUGCUGGGAAAAUGAAAGAAAGAGAAAGCUAAAAGAUAAGAAAAGAAAGAAAAGUAAAAGGAGCUCUAAAGAAAAACACAAGGAGACAAGAAAGACAGAAGAAAGCAACAAAAGGAAGAAGGGGGGGUAGGGGAAAAAAGCAUGGCCUUCCUAUUAGAGUUCUUUGUGUGAGAUCUAAAUCAACAUUUUUAUAUUUUCUUGGUAAAUAUAUGAAAUCUAAUUGUUUUGUAUGUUUUUGCAAUCAAAGAGAGAAAGAGACAUAUGAGAGAGGGGAGUGAGGUUUAGGUAUGUUAUUAAAGUAUGAAUUAAAGUGAUCCUUGGUAAUUGUAAUGGAACACUUUAUGUUUAUGAAAUGUAUAUUUAGAUGUUUUCCACCAAAGAAGUUGGGUUCCCUAA